AGUCAUCAACUUCAACGUGUGACUCGAGCGCAUUUCCAAGGCGCACACAACUCAAAUCUUUUUUCUUCUCAUCUUUCCCAACGUCACGUCGCACCUCAUGCGUGGUCAAGUUUGACACGAUGGUGAAGGACGAAUCUGGCAAGCGCAAGGCUAGUGACGAGCCAUCGUCACCAGUCGCUGCCAAGAGAGCGAAACAUGAUGACUCGUCAGAUCCGUCGAAGAAGCCCGCGAUGGAACCUAUCCCAUUUCCAGAGAAGCCUGCCGUAGUCGAGGAGCGAACCGGCGAAAUCGAGUUCCGCGUGGUGAACAACGACAACGAGCGCGAAUCCCUCAUCAUUCUCACCGGCCUCAAGUGCAUCUUCCAGAAGCAGUUACCUAAGAUGCCUAAAGACUAUAUCGCCCGACUCGUUUACGACCGAACCCAUCUAUCGAUCGCCAUCGUCAAGAAGCCCCUCGAAGUCGUUGGCGGUAUUACCUACCGACCGUUCAAGGGACGCCAGUUUGCCGAGAUUGUGUUUUGUGCUAUUAGCAGUGACCAACAGGUCAAAGGAUACGGCGCUCAUCUUAUGUCGCAUCUGAAGGACUACGUUAAGGCGACUAGUGACGUGAUGCAUUUUCUCACCUACGCUGAUAACUAUGCCAUUGGUUAUUUCAAGAAGCAGGGGUUUACUAAGGAGAUCACGUUACCCCGAUCGGUCUGGAUGGGAUAUAUCAAGGACUACGAAGGUGGCACUAUAAUGCAGUGUUCCAUGCUUCCUCGUGUGCGAUAUCUCGAAAUGGGCCGUAUGCUUCUGAAGCAGAAGGAGUGUGUGCAGGCUAAGAUCCGCGCCUUCUCCAAAUCUCAUGUCAUCCAUCAGCCGCCUAAGCAGUGGAAGAGCGGCGUGACCCCCAUUGAUCCCCUUUCUAUAGAGGCAAUUCGCGCUUCCGGCUGGUCACCUGAUAUGGACGAGUUGGCUAGACAGCCGCGGCACGGCCCGAACUACAACCAGUUGCUUCACCUGCUCAACGACCUCCAGAACCACCAGUCGGCAUGGCCGUUCCUGAACCCGGUCAAUAAAGACGACGUGGCUGAUUACUACGACGUCAUUAAGGAGCCCAUGGACCUUAGCACCAUGGAGACCAAACUCGAGGCUGAUCAGUAUGGCACGCCCGAGGAGUUCAUCAAGGACGCAAAGCUCAUAUUUGACAAUUGUCGCAAGUACAACAACGAGUCUACGCCGUACGCCAAGUCCGCGAACAAGUUGGAGAAGUUCAUGUGGACUCAAAUCAAAUCGAUCCCUGAAUGGUCGCACCUUGAGCCUUAGGUCAGCAUCGCGAUGGACUCAUUCGAGGGAGCGCAGCGAGAAAAACGGCGGCUAUCACAGUACGAGAAUCGACAUUGCGCAGACAUGGGCGCGGGCGUCGACCCUGAGGACUUAAAGAUCGAGAAGAUGGAGACAAGAAUGACGAAGCAAAAAAGAGAAUCUACGGACUCGACUUUCAGCACUUCGGAAUUUUUGUCGAUGCUAGACCUCGCGGGUUCUACUAUGGAAACUUUGGAGGAAGGUGUGGAGAA